GUAGUGAAGUCCCCUCCCCCUUGUCCAAGUCACGAUAUUCAAAGACGACAAUCACAGCAGUCCUCUUACUACCAGAGAAAGGAGAACGAGAAACGUUGAACAAGAACCGGUUUUAGAAAGCUCGAAGAGACCUCCCAUCAUGAUCAAGAUCUGGACCGUCAAAAAGGAUGAGCAGGCCGCGGCCAAGAAGAAGCCGAAGACGUCUGCCGCUCAAGUCCGAGUACAGAAGGACCUGACUGAGCUUGAUCUACCUCCUACUAUGAAGACCGACUUCCCUGACCCGGCCAAUCUUUUGCACUUCAAGAUCAUCCUCAACCCGGACGAAGGGUUCUAUAAAGGCGGAUCGUUCAACUUUACCGUCAACAUAUCCCCCAACUACCCACACGAAGCUCCGAAAGUCAAGUGUACCCAGAAGAUCUACCAUCCUAACCUUGAUCUAGAGGGGAAUGUCUGCUUGAACAUUCUGCGUGAAGAUUGGAAGCCCGUAUUGAGCUUGAACGCCGUGUUGGUCGGGUUGCAGUAUCUGUUCCUCGAGCCUAACCCUGACGACCCGUUGAACAAAGAUGCCGCCGAAGACCUUCGAAGAAACCGUGAUCUGUUCGCCAAGAACGUGACCAAUUCUAUGCGAGGAGGAAGCGUAGGACGGGAAUCCUUUGACAAGGUUUUGGCCUAGAUGUUGGGAGGCGUAACAUCUCGAAUAUCCUCAUACGUUAUGCAAGGGGAUGGGCUCAUCCUCGUAGAGCUUAUUGUAACUACACUAUCAAUCUUAUGACGACACUUCUUCCAGCCUG